AUGAACAAUCCAAAAAAUGAAAAGGAAUAUAUCGUGGAAAACUCAAUAUCAAAAAACAACGAAAACUCUAACACGUUAAAAAGAAAGUUGAAUGAGUUGUACGCGGAUGAAAAUUUUCAAAGUGAUCAAUUAAAAGGUACUUGCGCUGUUGUUAACAACGGAAAUGCAUGGAAAAGGUGUGAUACUACCAAGGACAGGAAUACCUUGGAAUAUUUUCCUGAUGACGUAAAUAUACUUGAGAAAAAGGACGUUUUACUAAACAAAAAUGACGAAAUAAACACUGAAGAAGCGGAAGAAAAGACUAAAUCACAUAUAAAUGAACCAAACAGAAAAAAAAGAAAAAAAAAAGAAAGAAAAAAAAAACUCAAUGACCAGGGAGAAAUGACAAAACCCGCAAAACAAAUGGUUAGAAUAAAUUAUCUAUUACAGUCAUCAUUUCUAAUGAAUGAAUUUAACCCGGACAUUUCAAGGGAAUAUAUUAAAACCAUGAGAAAACUUUCUAACAAAUUUUUAAUAAAACAUGACAAAAAAUUCAAAAAACUUUUCUGCAAAAAAUGUAAUUCAGUUCUUAUUCCAAGUGCUACUUGUAAAGUUUCAGUUAAUCCACUGAAUUUAAGGAAAAAAGGAAAUAAAAAAAGUGAACUCGUGAAGGACCCCACUCCAUGUGCUAAUAACAAUUUUAAUGUGAAGUCAAGAGAUGAAUAUUUGGUUUCUUAUCGGUGUAACCAUUGUCAACAUGACACAAAAUUUGUUUAUGAUAAUAAUUUAGUCAGUACACAUGAGAAAGAAGAUUAA